AUGUCGACGUUAUUCCGCAAGAUGACAAUCAGAUGCCUUUUGUACUGUUUCUACAAAGGAAGAACAUCAAAAAAGACCGAAGCCAUGUGCAACGAGAUAGAAAAUUAUUUCUACAGCAUGCCGGAAAAGAUCGACUCGCUUAUUAAGAACGCGCCUGUGCAUGAUCUCAGUGCGCUUUUGAAGUGUUGGCUAAGGGAGUUGCCGCAGCCACUAUUGACCAACGAUCUUUUACAUAUUUUCUAUCAAACGAACGUUCUACCUUCACACGAUCAAAAUCAAGCGAUGGCAAUACUUUGGCAGCUACUACCGGACGAAAAUCGAGACACGCUUCGGGAAUUACUCAACUUCUUCCGCCGAGUUGUGGAGCAUCACCACAUCAAUAAAAUGACCCAACAAAACGUGGCAAGGAUCAUUGCGCCCUCGUUCUUCCCACCAAGAUUUUUGCAUCCACUAGACAAGAACGAUAUCGGUGCGCAAGUGCGUAUGACUGUCCAGUGUUGUCAUCUCACUAACGUGCUACUAACCAUGGCCGAUAGCUUAUGGUUGGUGCCACAGCGUCUGGUCGAGCAGAGCAAGACGAUUAAAAAAAAUGGACAGGUGAGCAGUGUGUGA